AUGCCGGUGCCGGGGCUGCCGGUUGCCGGGGCUGCCGGUGCCGGGGAUGCCGGUGCCGGGGAUGGGGUCGCGGCGUUGGAAGCCUUCGUGGAGCAGCGCCUUCGGUUCCUGCUCACGGCGCGACCCACCGCGGUCAACCUGCACCGUGAGGCCGAGCGGCUCCGGGAGCGCCUGCGGGAAUGGAGCCGGAGCCCCGGGAUCACCGCCGGCGGGCUGCGAGAGCGCAUCAUCGAGCACAUCGAGGGGCUCUUGGCCAAGGACCGGGCGGACAACGAGAGCAUCGGGGCUCACGGAGCCCAGGACAUCCUGCGCCGCGUCCCCGCCGGCGUCCCCGUCACCAUCCUCACCCACUGCAACACCGGCAGCCUGGCCACGGCCGGCUACGGCACCGCGCUCGGCAUCGUGCGGGCGCUGCACGGGCAGGGCCGGCUGCGGCGGGUGCUGUGCACCGAGACCCGGCCCUACAACCAGGGCAGCCGCCUCACGGCCUUCGAGCUGCUCCACGACAACAUCCCCGCCACCCUCAUCGCCGACAGCGCCGCCGCCGCCGCCAUGAGGGACUGCGGCGUCGAUGGUGAGAGCCGGGAGGGACCGUGGUGGUGGGAGCCGACCGCCGUGGCGCCCAACGGGGACACGGCCAACAAGAUCGGGACGUACCAGCUGGCGGUGGCCGCGCGGCACCACCGCGUCCCCUUCUACGUGGCGGCGCCGAGCUCGUCCUGCGACCCCGCGGUGCCGAGCGGGACCCACAUCCCCAUCGAGGAGCGGCCGGGCCGGGAGCUCACCCACCUGCAGGGGGCUCUGCCUGGCCCCCCCCGGUGCGGUAUCGACGUGUGGAACCCGGCGUUUGACGUCACGCCGCAUGACCUCAUCACGGGCGGCGUCGUCACCGAGUGGGGGGUGGUGCCCGCGAGCGACGUGCGCCGGGCGCUGGCGGAGCGCGCGGCCGCCGGGGGGCAGUAA